GUAAAUUUGAUGAUAUAAUGAAACCAAUUGUAAAUGAAAUUAAAAUUCUAGAAAAAGGUACUUUAAUGAAUAUUGAAGGUCAGGACAUGUGGAUAGUUGCCGGUUUAGGCGUAAUAACUACAGAUCUUUCUCAAGACAACGACCUUGGAGAUAUGAAAUAUUAUAGUGGUAGUCAGGAUAAGAAAAUAAGUAAAUUAAAAGAAUUAGUAAAAAGGAGGGCAUCACAAAAAAUAAUCAAUAGUUAUUGUACAGAACAUGGUCUAAGCGCACGUUCUAAAGCUGUGCACAAAACAUUCAAAGGUUCAGUUUCUAAAACUAAUUGUAAGAAUAUAGAAUUUGAUUUCAUUCAUCGGCAUAAUACACUCCAAUCAAUCCAUUAUCUUAUCAAUGGAGACAAAGAUAGCCAUUUCCCAAGCAUAGGGUCAAGUUUUCAAAAUUUAACAAUAGAUUCAUUGCUUAAACUCCUACUAUCCAAUUGGUAUAUAAUACAGAAUAUUCAAGAAGAGGAUAUAGCAGAUAUUG